AUAAAAGUAACCUAACAUAAGUAAGUAAGUUAAAGUGUGCAGUGCGGUGAGUAUCGCGUGCGAUAUACAAAUAAAAGAAGAGAAAGAAACACGAAAAUGGGUAAGAAAGGAGGCAAGGAUAAGAAAAAGGGUAAAGGUGCCGAAAAAACAUUAGCGAAAACCGAAAAAAAACUUUCAAACAAAUUAAAAAAGGAACUUAAAAGUAAAGGAGAAGAUGACAUCGAAACAAUUUUGGCCAAAAUUGAAAGCGAGGAGAAGAAACGGCUUCAAGUUACGGAAUCUAUUAUCGAACAGCCCUCAAGGAGACUAAAUUUUUCGUUUGUUUCACAUCCGGAAAAAGAACAACUGAUUAUGUAUGGUGGAGAGUUUUAUGAUGGACAAAAGACUCUGGUUUAUGGUGAUUUGUUCUUUUAUAACAUACCCAACAGAACCUGGUCUGUGGUAAAAGCACCUGGGGGACCAGCUCCAAGAUGUGGACAUCAAAUGGUUACAACAAACACAAACAAAGGUCAGUUGUGGGUGUUUGGUGGAGAAUUUGCGAGUCCCAGCCAAUCACAGUUUUAUCACUACAGAGAUUUAUGGGUGUUUCACCUUGGCACCAAACAAUGGGAGAAAAUUACGUCUCCUAACGGCCCAAGUGCCCGAAGUGGUCACAGAAUGGUGGUGAAUAAGAAAAAACUGUUUGUUUUUGGUGGUUUUCACGACAAUUUACGAGACUAUAAAUAUUUCAAUGAUUUGUACGCUUUCAAUAUGGAAAGUUACAAAUGGGAGAAAAUUGAAGCAACAGGAAACGGACCAGCCCCAAGAUCAGCUUGUUGUAUGGCAGCACUGAACGACGGUAGGAUACUGAUUUAUGGCGGUUACAGUAAAGAAAAAAUAAAAAAAGAUGUUGACAAGGGACAUGUGUUUACAGAUGCAUUUUUACUGACACCAAACAAAAAUGACACAACCGGGUUGCAAUUUAAAUGGGUCCAAAUUAAAUUGGGUAACAACUUUUCUCCAAGAUGCAGCAUGCCCAUGACCGUAAGUGGGAACAAUUCGUUUGCAUACUGUUUUGGAGGAGUGUUUGAUAUUGAAGAUGAGGAAGAAAAUAUAUCAGGAAAUUUCUUUAACGAUUUGUAUCAACUGGAUCUAGAAAAAUUUGUGUGGAAAACAGUGACAGUUAGUGGGAAAAAAGACAAAGAACAAAAAGCGAGGCGUAGGAAAAAAGAUACAAGAGAGGAGGAGGGGGGUGAUGAUCAGGAUGAAGAAAUGAAGGAGGUGGAAGAAAUUGAAAAGAGUGUUGAAAGCACAAUCAUUUCAGACGAUGGAAUUUUCAAAGUGACAGUCGGACCUGUUCUAAAUAAUCAAUCAGUCGGUUCCUCUUCUAGCGUAUGUGACACUGAAUCUGUAUUUAGUCCAUCUCCAAGAAUAAAUUGUGGGCUGGCCAUAAAACAUGGGGUUCUGUAUCUGUACGGAGGUAUGGCAGAAGAUGGAGAUAAACAGUUUACAUUUAACGACUUUUAUUCACUGGAUUUAAAAAAAAUGGAUGAAUGGAACACCAUUAAAGAUGAUCCGACGUCCAAUUCUGCUUGGGUCGGAUCAGAUUCUGAAUCAGGUGAGGAAAGUGAUGAAAAUGAAAAUGAAAAUGAAAAUGAGAAUGAUGAUGAUGAGGAUGAAGAAGGUGAAGAUGAAGAUGAAGAUGAAGAAUCUGGCAUGGAUACUGAUUAAAUUUAUUAUGUUAAAAUUAAAUUGUUGUUUUUGUUAAUAUUAUUAUUAAUAAUAAACAUAAAUUUUGAUAAU